UUUUUAGUUCUAUAAUGAAUGAUGUAGUUCAUAAGAGAUCGGGUUCUAAAUCUUUUCUAAGGAGAUCCUUAAGCGUGAAUGGAAAGUUUUCUUCGACAUUGGGUGAAUCCUGUAGUGAAAACAGGUUGGGUGAAUCCUAUGGUGCAAACAGAUUAACUGUAUCUGCAAGAGCACUGUAUAAAAAUGCUUCUCAGGAGAGUCUCCAAGUUCUAAAUGAACAAACUAUUAGAAUAAAAGAUAUUGCCAGUCAUUAUUUAAGGAUACCUGAAACCUGGAGUAGGACUAAACUAAUUCAGAAAAUCCUUCCAACUAAUUUCUCUAUGAAAGUGCAGACCCGGAUAGAAGAUUAUAACGAAGUUUCGGUUCCAGUCUAUAUACACGUGUACAGAUUAAAGGAUUCUGAUCUUGGCUUUUAUCAUACAGGGAUAGAGAUAUACUGCAGAGAAUAUACAUAUUGUUGUAGUUUGGGCAUAGUUCAGCAUGAUCCACGUCUAUGUGAUUUUGGAGAUUUCCUGGGAACCAUUUAUCUUGGAGAUGUAAACCUUACUCAAAUACAAGUAGAGGAUAUCCUGAUUGAGCUGAAAAGAAACGGGUUUGAUAGUUCUGAUUACGAUGUUAUGAAGAAAUCGUGUAAUACAUUCACCGAGGUCUUUUCUGAGAGAUUAGGGGUUUUGGAAAAUUUUCCCUCUGGUGUACACACCCAAACAAAGCUGGGUCGUCUUCUGUCUCCUGUAGUUAAAGCUUUAGAUUUUGCCGUAGAGAAGUCUCUUCAUCCAUCAGGGUCGGUUUCUAGCCUCGAGGGUCUGGACUCAGGAGAUUUCAAAUCUGGAAAUUUCUCUGAUAAAACCGAUUUUUCCGGAUCACCGGAUCUCCACUGUCCCGCCAAUUCUCCAAUCCUCUCCAAUCCAACCAAACUAUUCGAUUCUUCAAGUCUAACCAACUCCAACAGAUUAAAAUCUGCUCAAGCCCUGUCUAAAUCUCUUGCUCUUUAUUCCCCCUCCGUGUCCCCUAAUCUUCCCUGGUCUCCAGAAAUCACUAUUUCUUCAGUAGAAGAGGUUCCAGAACCCUGUUUUUCUUCUGUAGAGAACGUUCCAGAACCGUUUUUCUCAAAAGUGUUCCCUGACUCCUGUUCAAGGAACAAUUCUUCAACAACCGCAGAAACAUUGACAUACUUUAAGGAUGAAACCGAAAGUAAACCCGGUUUUGCCAAGUUCCCAGAUUCAAGAUCCAGUUUCUCUGAGUUGCUCCCCAGAUCUCAUUCAAUCUCUCCUCUGGUUUCAGCUCUAACUCUUCAUCAACAUAGAUAUUCACAAUAAGCAUCUGAUCUGAUAUUUGUGUUUAAACAAAGAAUACUUUCCAUUAAAUUUCAACUUUAGCAUUGUGCAAUGUUAUAAUUCUUUUUGUUUAUCUUCUGAU